GAGACCAGCUACAGAAUAGGCUAAAUACCAUGACCACAGAGAGAGACCAGCUACAGAAUAGUCUGAAUACCAUGACCACAGAGAGAGACCAGCUACAGAAUAGUCUGAAUACCAUGACCACUGAGAGAGACCAGCCACAAAAUAGUCUAAUUUCCACAACCACAGAGAGAGACCAGAAAUAUAAUAGUAUAUUUUCUACGACCACAGAGAGAGACCAGCCACAAAAUAGUCUAAUUUCCAUGACCACAGAGAAAGACCAGCUACAGAAUAGUUUAAAUACCAUGAACACAGAGAGAGACCAGCUACAAAAUAGUCUAAUUUCCAUGACCACAGAGAGAGACCAGCUACAGAAUAGUCUGAAAACCAUGACCACAGAGAGAGACCAGCUACAGAAUAGUCUAAUUACCACGGCCAUAGAGAGAGACCAGCAACAGAAUAGUGUAAAUACCAUGAACACAGAGAGAGACCAGCUACAGAAUAGUCUAAAUACCAUGACCACAGAGAGAGACCAGCUACAGAAUAGUCUAAAUACCAUGACCACAGAGAGAGACCAGCUGCAAAAUAGUCUAAUUUCCACGACCACAGAGAGAGACCAGCUACAGAAUAGUCUAAAUACCACUGCCACAGAGAGAGACCAGCUACAGAAUAGUCUAAUUACCAUGGCCACAGUGAGAGACCAGCUACAGAAUAGUCUAAAUACCACGACCACAGAGAAAGAACAGCUACAAAAUAGUCUAAAUACCAGAACCAUUGAAAUAGAUGAGUUGACGAAGAGUCUGAACACUGCAGCUAUGGAGCGUGACCAGCUACAGAAGUUGAUAGAAAGGCUGAACUGUGAGAACAAAGGCUCCUGUCCUGAAGGAUGGAGAAGGUUUGGCUGCAGCUGUUACUACCUCUCUACUGAGGAGAAAUCCUGGGAGGAGAGUAGACAGGACUGUCUGGAGAGAGGAGCAGAUCUGGUGAUCAUUAACAAUGAAGAGGAACAGACAUUCAUCAAUGGGUAUAAAUCAGUCAAAUAUGCCUGGAUUGGUCUGACUGACUCUGUUACUGAGGGGACCUGGAAAUGGGUGGACGGCACCCCACUGACCACAGCAAGGUAAGAGACUACUGCUCUAUAAUAACACUGACCACCCCAAGGUAAGAGACUACUAUUCUAUAAUAACACUGA